UUACACCUGAUUUGACCCCUAUAUAUCUGAGAUUCGUGUAACUAGAUACUUCGAGAAAAAUAUUGAAGCUAUUUUUGAAAAGUAAAGCAAAGGCACGCAAUUAGGUCCUAAACUAAUUGAAUUUAUGUUUUUUUGCUCAAUAAUAAAUCUUGAGCAUUAGCAUAAGAGAAACAUAGGUGAUUUACAAAAAUGCCGUUGGUAGUAUUUGUUAUGUACUUAAACUAUUGUAUCAAACUAAAAUGUCUUUAGUUUCGUGAUGAAAUUGUAGGCACUAUUACGUCUCUAUAUAUGGACAAGGAGAAAAAGAAGUAACAACUAAUUAAUGUGCUUUACUCGAUUUUGUUGCUUUACUUACUCAUAUAGACUUAUGGAUCCGAGUUUGAUUAAUAUAUUCUUAUUCUAUAAGAUGUAAUUCAUUUUUACAUGCUAAAUGAUUGCAAGUUUUUUCUUGAUGGUAGAAAUCGAGCCCAAGUACAUCAGAUUUAUUUGGGACAAAUAACAUAGUGAAAUUGUUUUAUUUUAUGAAAAAAAAUCUUGAUUUUUUUGUAGCUUUGUGAUAACAAUAAUAUUGUGUUUUUUGAAGUCACGCCAUCUUACGCCUUUUCAAUCCUACAAAGACAAUUUAGGAAUUAAUAUUUCGAGAUUUAGCUAGGAUGUAAUUCAUCUCCUUAAAUUCUUUCUACAAAAUAUUUGGAUCCUUUUUUAGCGGAAAAAAAAAGAGUGAAGAAAUUACACUAGAGCAAGUCCUGAGGAAACUAAGUCGUUCUUUUAUUUAACUAUUUAAACUUUUAUUUCGUCGGUGAGGAUUUGAUUUUCUACGUGAUAGUCUUCUCCUCUAUUUCCCCUUUAUCCCCACCAACAAUUCUUUUCCACCUAUCUAACCUUCUUUUUAAGCCAUAUAUGAUUAAUGGGUCGUUUGGUAUGGCACAAAAAUGGGAUAUUCAACUUUAUAGAGGAUUAUUAGUUGGGCUAAGUUAUGAAGUAGGUAGGGCAGUUGAGCCCACAUGCUCCAUUCUGGUACUAAUUGUACAUAACCUAGGUCAGGUGGGUUCUAUAUGACCAGACAAAGGUGUGGGCUGGGCUCCUAUACUAUGACUUGGGUUUUAGGCUCUUCUUUGGGUCCACAGAUACACUAUAGGACCUCAUCGACUAUAUUCAUGUCGCUUCAUUUAAACUAAUUUCUCGAACACUAGAAGUUCUAUACAUUGUCGAUUGGCUCUGCAUGACUAAAGACUAGUAAAUAAAUGUUGAACCUUUAACAUAUACACUAAAAUGAUUAAGAUUUAAUCCCAACUUAUGUAUAUCAUCACUAUACAUAGUUCUUCGAGUUAAGAAAUUGUAAAUCCACCUUCUUUCAUGUGCUUUAUCAACAAAAGUCAAACUUAACUCCCUUUUAGUUAUUACAAUUUGAUUCUAUUAAUUUCUAGGGCAUUGUGGUGUAUUGGUUUUAUGCUUUAUUGGGCCUUAAUGAUGUUGACUCUUUUGGGCUGAUCGAAAUCCAAUCUACACACAUCAUUACACCAAAUGAUCUUUAGUGAAUAUAUUUAUUUAGUGACAAUUACUAGCAACGAUUAUUAUAUUUUGAGCUCUCUUUAUUAAUGUUUACUGAAGCCUAUAGCUGGAUCUAAUUACAAUCAGAUAAAGACUUUAAUAUUCUCUAUAUUAAUAUACAUAUUUAUUGUCAUUAAAAUGUAGUUUUGCUAUAGCGCAUGUUGUUGAUUCAAAUCACUAAAACUCAGGUUGGCUAUAAAGAGCACAAUCCAAGGCUAAAUACUUAUGGUUGAUCAAUUAGUGAAGUAAUAUAGUGAGGGAAAGGUGAAAGAAUCAAAUAACACAAUUGAAAUAGAUCUCAAUAAAUGAAGCAGAUGCUUUUUAUAGUUUCUUGAUUUAUAAUUCUGAAUUUAAAGAUAAUACAACGACUAGUUUCACAAUUUAAUUAUUAUUUUAUACUAAUAAUAUUCUUAUAAAAACAAGAUAUACACAAAUGAAGUUAAAAUUACUAGUAAAAUUUUAUCGAAAUACUAACCUGUGGUUAAAAUCUACCAUUGGUGGAGUAUCACAUUAGGUUCUGUGUAUUCUAAUUAUAUAUAAUAUAUAGUCGGAGAUAUUCAUCAUCAGUCUAAAAUAAGUACAUUAGGUAUUUGAUUAGGUAGCUUUUAUUGGUGAUGAAAAAUUCAUAAUCUUUUUUCGUUAUGAUUAAGCCGAUAUAUUCCUUUUCAAAGUAAUCCACCCUUAAUUAAUUAGUAAUAUUUCUACCAAACCAAAUAAAAAUAAAAUAUAUUGAUUAGGUUUACAACUUUUCACAUUCCAUACACAUAAUUUUUAACUGAAAUCAUAAACUUUAAACUAAGUAUUAUGAUUAAAGUUAAUUUACCAAAUUAAUUCUUAAUUAAUAUUCUGCCUCUUCAACUUUAAAUCCGUUACAUUAGUCUUUAUGACAACUCUAUGUGCACCUAUAAAUAACCAUCUCCAAAAAAAAAAAAAAUCAUAUUUCCCAUUAUAUUCCACGUACUAUAUACUAUAUUUUCAAUAUUUCUCUAAAAGAAAAUUCCAAUAUGACACCUUUAAAACUUUCAAUAAUACUACUAGUCUCAUGGCUUCUAACAACUACUACUAUAGCAACCAACAUGUCCAAAAUUAAACCAGGACAAGGCAUUGCUGCUAGACUUCAAUUACUAGAAGGCGGAGAUGGAGGAGGAGCUAGCAUGCCAGUGUGUUGGAACGCGUUAUUUGAGUUGAAAUCAUGCACGAAUGAGAUCGUACUCUUCUUCUUCAAUGGUGAAUCUUACUUAGGAAAAGAUUGUUGCAAAGCGAUAAGGACUAUUACUUAUAAUUGUUGGCCGUCUAUGCUAAGUUCCGUUGGUUUUACUGCUGAAGAAGUUGAUGUUCUUCGUGGUUAUUGUGGCACACCUUCUCCUGAAUCUGCCGUGGAGAUUACCGUCUAAUUAAGAUAAUUUUUACCUGCAUUACAAAAGAUGAAAUUAGAAUUUUGAGUUUUAUGAGAGAAAAGUACUUUUAGAUUUAAUAAUAAUUUUGUGAUAUGCUAAAUUUGGUUAUAAUAUAUGAUGAACAACGCUAGCUUUUAUUGGA